GAAACAGCUUGACUUCACAGGGAAAAGUAGACGAUUUCAGAACGACCGAAUCUAGACAUUCUCUGACCGAAUUUUACCCCAGAACAAAAGCUAAGAAUUGCUUGUUGGAGGAAGAGUAUGGAGCAAGUGCUUAUGAAACUUGUAAAAACUUGUGUCUUCUCCUCUGCCAAAAUCGGCAGUUACUGUUACCAAGUGAGUCGAGAUGGAGUCAGAGGGCGGCGGAGACCGAUGGAAGACGCAGAAUAACUGGCAACGUAGCGAUCUAAAAUGUUUUCGUGGGAAACGCAGGUGAAUAGUAACUUGAAGAAUAUUGUAAGCUUUCUCAGAUGAUUUCCUCAGGCUCUUCAGACAAUUUUGUGCUUUUUUGACAGGUGAAUAGUAACUUGAAGACUUGUAUUACAAGCUUUCUCAGAAGACUUUCUCAGGCUCUUCAGACAAUUUUGUGCUUUUUGCCAAUCAUUGUGUGCCCAAACCAAACUCUUCCAGUCGGGUCAGGACUGGUUAGAGAAAUGGACGACGCAGAAAUGGAAGUUGACCAUGAUGGAACAACUAUCCAAGAGAUGGAAACGGAUUGGAAAAAUCAGGAUUAUCUUUCACUACAUUCCCUUGAUGAGGCAGAUUAUCUGGUCAGUAAUUUAUGCAUAGCGAUAGGUGAAAGGGAUGACACAGAAUUGGUAAGAUCCUUAUUUUACAUAAACCUAAAUGGUUAAUCAUCAAAUAUGGUCAAAUACCUCUGAGUGACUGUGUCUCUAAUGUAGGAAAUGGAACGUGGUGGGAACACUAUCCGUCAGUCCGUAGAUUACGAUGACCUCUCUCUAUGUUCAGUCAGCGAGAGAGAUGUUCUGGUCAGUUUGUGCAUCGAAAGCAUCAAGGUACAUUACAUUUUGAAGAUAGACUGUGUGAACAAUAUGUUUCCAUCUGACUCACAAUCUGAUGAGGACCAUGACCGCCAGCAGAAUCCACUUCCGGAUAAACGCCUGACUCAUGUUAUGGAUUACGAAGCCCAGGGCCUUCUUCCUUCUUCUGCGAGAGCCGUGACCGAGCCUUGCAUCUCUAAUGACAUGCACCCCCCCAUGCUACAAGAUCAGAAGAGGCGCAACAGGCAGUCCCAUGACACAAGAGUCAUGAAAAGGUUCCAAAAAACCCUGGUUGCCCUGGAACAGGACCUUAUGAAAACCAAGGAAGAGAUCCUGGACACCAACGAGUACUUCAAGGAGAUGUCUCGUGUGAAGAGCCAGGGAAAAGGCCUGAUGGGUGCGUCUCUGAAAAGACUAGUUUAUAAAGUCAGAGGGAGAAGGCUCCAGAAGAUUCAGGCGCAGAAGUAUAUGCGGGUCAACAAAGAUUUCGAUGCGCUGAUCCAAGUGGUGAUGGAGGACUGCAAAGAUGAUCUCAAUCUGACGGGCCUAGAGAACUGGCAGAAAGAGGUUAAGAGGCUGCACAUGGCCUGCAGGGCCUGUACUGAGAGGAUCCCAUCACCCGAGGUGUGUCGUUCCCCACCACAGGUCCAACCCUCUCAGGAAGAGAAGUCCUCCAUCCAGCGCGUUGAUCUCUCUGAGACAGAGAUCACUCCUGUGGUCCCCCGCAUGAAGGAUGCCAUAGAAUCCCUCCCUCUGACUCCUCCUACUCCUGAGGCCCUCCUCCCCAACCUGCAGCUUCCCCGGGCUUUGACUCCCCUCCACCGUGUCACUGUUGGAGUUGUGACUCCUACGUGGCCUGAGUCUCUGCCUGCUGUGGAGUAUUUACCCCUUCCUCGUCUGGCACCAAUUACCCACUUGAGUGCUGAUGUAAAGAAGCUGCUCCAAGGAGGACUGGAAGGGCUCCAGCAGGAUGUGAUGGAGGAGAAGAAGCCUGGCAAAGGGGAGAAGAAGAAGCCUGGCAAAGGGGAGAAGGCCAAAACCCAGCGGCAUGUCAAACCACUGCUUGUGUUGGAAGCCAGCAACAAACGAAGAAUACUCUGAAACCAAUGUGAAGGAGGAGAAAAAGAAAAAGAAGAAUGUGGGAAAGAGGUUUCUGCAGUGGCUGUCACAGAAACUCAUAUGCGGCUGUUGUUCAGAUGUUUAACAAACAUCAUGCAUGCAAACUCAUGCUCUUUUUCUCUCUCUGUCUUUCACUAUACAGAGAUCAUAAUGACAUACACACAUAUGACAUCACACU